AUGACAAUGCUUGGGGCGUUAACCGGUCGACAACUUUCCUCUGGUCUUAAGGAUCAGUUCGACCGCUAUAAUCGAAUGGACAUACUUGGAGAAGGAACGUAUGGAGUUGUGUACCGUGCUGUUGACAGGGCAACGGGACAGAUCGUCGCACUGAAGAAAGUGAGAUUAGAUCGCACCGAUGAGGGAAUACCUCAAACAGCUCUUCGGGAGGUAUCUAUUUUGCAAGAAAUCCAUCACCCCAACAUUGUUAAUCUUCUAGAUGUUAUAUGUGCCGAUGGGAAGCUUUACUUGAUAUUUGAGUAUGUUGAUCAUGAUCUCAAAAAGGCUCUCGAGAAGAGGGGUGGAGCAUUCACGGGAACUACACUAAAAAAGAUAAUUUACCAGCUACUCGAGGGACUUUCGUUUUGUCAUCGGCACCGCAUUGUCCAUCGAGACCUAAAACCAGCAAACAUACUUGUCACCACGGAUAAUUCCGUUAAAAUAGCAGACUUUGGAUUGGCUCGCGCUUUCCAGAUUCCGAUGCACACUUACACUCACGAGGUUGUCACACUCUGGUAUAGAGCGCCAGAGAUUCUCCUCGGUGAAAAGCACUACACCCCGGCAGUGGAUAUGUGGAGCAUUGGUUGUAUUUUUGCUGAACUAGCUCGAGGUAAGGUACUCUUUCGUGGUGACAGUGAGAUUGGACAGUUAUUUGAGAUUUUUCAGGUGCUUGGCACCCCAAUGGAUGCUGAGGGGUCGUGGUUGGGGGUGUCGUCUCUUCCAGACUAUCGUGACGUCUUUCCAAAGUGGAGUGGAAAACCCCUCACUCAGGUGUUACCAGCGCUUGACGGUGAUGCCGUUGAUCUGCUUUCUCAGAUGCUGAGGUAUAACCCUGCUGAACGUAUUUCAGCCAAGGCGGCGCUGCAACAUCCAUGGUUUAGUGAUGCCAUGUUUUAG